AUGCUCUCCUACGUCAUUGGCCUCGUCGCCAUCGUCCUCUUCCUCGGCAGCCCCAUAAGCCAAUUCUUCUUCCCGCAGCACAACCAUUCCGAGCGGCCCGAAUGGACCCCGAGACCGGCCCUCGACGAGACGCUGCUCGCCCUCGAAGCUCCCAACGACACCCGACUCGACUGCCCGUCCGACGCGUACUCGACCCGCAUACUAAGCAGGGAGCCGCUCGUGCUGUACGUCGAGGGGUUUUUGAGCGCCGACGAGCGGCAGCAUCUACUCAACAUUAGUGAGCCGCUGUUCGAGCCGUCCACCAUCACGCACAGGGACAAAGACACGAACCGCGACGUCUCUAUCCGCGACUCCGUCGUCGCCAUGGUGCCACGCACGCCCCAGGUCCGGUGCAUCGAGGCUCGCGCCCGCGCCCUCCAGGGGUGGCGCAAAGACGUCUACAUCGAGCGGCUGCGCACGCAGCGUUACGGCCCCGGCGGCCACUACGCGCACCACUUCGACUGGGGCGCCAGCGUCCAGGGAUGGGGCCGAGUGAGCAGCUUCAUGGUGUGGGUCGACGCCUCGGACGGGCUUGAGGGCGGCGGUACCGAGUUCCCCCUGCUGCAGCCGCGUGGCGAGGCCGGCCCGCCCUGGUGCGGGCUCGUCGACUGCGGGAGCAACGGGACGCUGCCGCGCGCCGAGAGUGGUGAGGACCAGCGGCCGUACGGAACCGUGUUCAGGCCGCGCGCGGGCAACGCCGUGUACUGGGAGAACUUUCGCGCGGAUGGCACAGGAUAUGACGAGACGUGGCACGCCGGGCUGCCCGUGACCAAGGGCGUCAAGGUCGGACUCAACAUCUGGAGCUUUGGCAGGAUUCUGUGA